AGGUUGUUUGGAAAAUGAUUCAGCCCUAAAACCAUCACAGCUCGAGAAUAGCAGAAAUCCAAAUGGCAAUGGUGAAUCAAGCUCAGAGCCGUCCCACGAGAGCACCAAAGACUCCGAUAUCUCGGAGGAAGAGUAUUGCUGAUAAACUGGAUAUGGACCUGGCAAAGGAAGAUCUGAGAAAAGAUGACGAAGAGAGACUGGAGGAGUUAAUAGAGAAUCUGGCUAGCUGGCUGACCCAGCUCCUUGGUAUCCCGGUUACACCUGAUAACUUUCUGGAUACCCUGAGAAACGGCACAGUCUUGUGCUCAGUAGCCAACAAGAUAAACGGAGCAGCACAGAGGUACAGGAAGGAACAUCCUGACACUGAUAUUAAACUUCCAACCAAAAGUGUAGGGAAGUACCACACGAGGUGCCAGCCUCUCUCAUUCCACGCGAGGGAGAACGUGAGCAAGUUUGUGAGAUGGGCGGGAGACUUUGGAGUGGGGGAUGCUUUAUUGUUCAACAGUGAGGAUCUCAUAGUGGGUGAUGGGAAGAAGGUGGCCCUGUGUUUACAGGCUAUUGUCAAGAAGACCAAACUCUUCAUGCCAACCCUGGAUUUUGAGAUCUCUAAGAUGGUGGCAGUCCUUCGAGAUCUUGGUACUUUGCUCGGCUCAAACUUUGGAACAAAUCUCCAGACAGAUAAUAACCACAAAGAUAAGAUAAUGGACAAUCUGAUAAUCGAGCGUGGAUUCUGGAGGGGAAUACAGCAGAGGAUUAGUGACGCCCUUAAGAGUGAGAGUUCAAUCAAAAGAGACGUCAAUCAUCAAGACAUGCAGAUGUUGAAAUUGCUGGGUAUCAGCCAGAUUAGCCGGAGUAAGAUGGAGAAUACAAUCGAGGAGUCUAGAAGGGAGGAAAUGUUGAAAGUGCUCCAAGCAGCCGCUAAGAACGAUCAUCGGAACAGCUGUCGGAACAUGGUUUCAGACAAUGAGAAUGAUAGGUCGGUGUCGGAGAAUGGUGAAUCAGUUGAAGAUGAAACCUCUAGCGACCAGAGCAACCUUGAAACUGAAGAGGAAGCAACGAUAGUUCAGGUACUAUCACGCCCCAAAUACCAGUUCGUAUCUGUAAAAGUAUCUGGAACCCCCUCCAAAAUGCCAUCCUCUGAAGUGCUGCUAACUCCUGAGAUGUUCUUUUACGGUGCUAACCGACCCAAAUAUGAGGAUCUUUCUCUAGAUAUGUUCAUGCAGGGAUACACCGCCAUGCUUAGCGAUGAGAGAGUGACGGAAGUGGAGCGAUCAGGGCGGUUGAAGCUGCUCCAGCUGAUCUUCACUAACAUAGUGAAGAAAGGCUGGGUUGCAAUGAGGGAAACUCACAAGAAGAUAACAGAGCUUAUACAUUCCGGAGAUCUGGGCUGGUCUGAUGAAUUGGACACAACUUUCAACAUGCUUAUUGAGGAACAUAUGAUUUCACGAAGCUGCUCAGAAGACAACUCGGUGUCUAGAACAAGUUCGACUAAAAGAGCGGGGUGUUCAUCGUGUGGGGGUAGAACCCCCCUCAGAGGACGGAGAACCACUCCCCUUACUGUCACUAGGCACGUAGUAAGAAAAAAUAGCGAAAACAGAAGCAUGACAGCGACUGGGUCCUGAGCUAUUACGAAUGCAGAAAUGCUUGUUCUUUCUGUCGAAAGUAGAAGAUCAAGGGAUUGGACAUGGAUGAUAUGUAAUCAGGAAUUUGAUCCUGUCAUUUCUAACUUCUGGAUUAUUUUUAGAAAACAACAUUUUAUGCAUUGAAUUUAAGAUCUACCGAAAUUAUGGAUUGAUUUUGAGGUUUUGAUGACCAUCUUAAUAAUCAAUUAUAUUCUCAAUUUUGGCUAUUUAUUUCCCCAAUUACCAAAUUAAAUGUCGAAUUAUGAUUGCAUGUCAUAACGAUAGAUGUCGUAAUUACAAUUAAAUGACGAAUGCCAUGAAAUGAGCCAAUUCAACGGAAAACAGAUAAUUGUGUUUUCAUGGAAAUUUCUUAAUCUCAAUUUUACC